AUGCUCUGCGGAAGACGAAAGGGGGGAGCAGUAGCAGCAGAAGCAGCCGCCGCCUCCGCCGCCUUCGUGCCAUUUUCAGACGAUGUCCGAAGGCUCGCAGCAGCAGCGGGCGUCACGGAACGCAGCACGCGCCGAGAGGACGACAACGUCCUGCGGGGAGUGCAGACGGAGGAAGCAGAAGGCACUGUGACCAAGGUCAGCCAUGUAGCAAUUGCCUCCGUCGUUUUCCUCAACCAAUAUGCGAGUACCGCGUGGGCAAGUAACAGUCGCAUACCGGGAACUUCUACCUUCUUGACACCAGCAAGGGCGGGAGGUCGUGGUCCCCUUCUUUCAACACUACCAGGAGUAAGCUCUCCCCUGAUACAAGCGUCUCAGUCAACAAGACCGCUCGGGAGUCCUUCUAUCGCUGGUUGGGCUGUACCAGGUAUUUCGACGUCACAUCCAAGCCCAGGCUCAGAACCGGCAACAUACCAAUCUACGCUUAGAGUACAACGAUCAGAGGCAGAGCUCCUCAACAGCGAUACAGAAUGUCUUCCACCGUCAGUCUCGUGGCUUCCAUUAGCCAACCCCGAUCGUAGUAUACUAGAUGUCGAUAUCUUCCAAGCAUCGCAGCAAGUCUUGUCACAUCGACUAGCAGUCCCAAAGUUGAUUUUCGACAACUUUGAAACAGCCCAUAACGACGACGACACUCCGCAGCAUGGACAGAGUCCUGGAUCUUGGUCACAUCCAGCAGAGUCUAGGGUACAAUUCCCGGAGCGACCAGCCAGCGGUAUAGACGAGCAAAUAGCACUUUUACCUGUGGACCAGAGCCCCUUGAACACGAAGUUACUUAGACUGUACAUCGCAGUUCUCUCCCGUUUCAAAGCCUCUAUCAACGGCGACCCGAGCCCCAACAAUCCUUUUAUACGUCAUUACUCCCCCUUCUGCCUUCAAGAUCCCCUAGUGAUGCGGAUCAUUCUCUAUACCUCAGCCUGCUUCCUCCACGAGACUGGGGAUGUACGGACAGAUGUCCUGCGGACUUACAAAGGCCAAGCCAUCGCUAUGCUCAACGAAAACCUGACCACGGACAGCAGUAAGAGCAUGGUGCCAAACACCACCGCGCUGACCGCAACAGACGCAAACAGUUUAACCACACCGGUAAUUCAAAAGCCCGGAGAUGCGGCCAUCGCCGGCGUCAUUCAGCUCACCGUGGCUGAAUGGUACUGGGGCGAAUCGGAACAGGACCUAAGGUACCACCUCAUGGGCUUGCGAGAUAUGAUCAGAGUGCGCGGCGGCUUCAAUCAGCUCGGCAUGGACGGCCUCUUGGCGAAAAAUGCUAUCGUUCACGAUGUCUCCAUAUCCCUCGCCCACGAAAACAGCCCACUGCUACUGACUCUGUCGCCUUCGGACGACGACCGUAAAGGCGGAGGAAGCGGAUGCAAAGGGUCGACGGGUCCAGCGACAUCAGGAGGAGCGGCAAAUUCAGCACGUCGGGUCUUGGCGAAGCCGUACGCCUUCGUCGACCCUAUAAAGGACGUCCCCCUCCGCAUGGCGAAUCUAUCGCCCAUGGUGACACAUCUACCGUGCAGCGGAUCACUCCCGUCUUUCUCCGAUUGCGCCACGAGUCUGCGCAUCCACCCGGCGACGGCCUCGAUACUCGACAAUGUGAAGUACCUUCUAAGCGUCGUCGACGCGAUAUAUGAUGAAUCGACGACAUCAGCAACGACAAACCCAGCCUCGCUGAAGGCCCGAGCGAUGGGGAAGUACAUGUAUGAACAUAUCAGCAGUCUUCACUCAACCAUACCUGGACAUCGCCAAAGUCUGUCCUCAGAUCCCCCGACUCGAACGAAUUCGCCACCAACAAGCAAUUAUUCCGCCGCGUUCGAUAGAGAAUCCAUACGGAGUGAGAGUAUGCCCAGCACAGGUACGGCCGCCGGACCUGGCUCCGAUGGGCCGGGCCGAUCACCUUCGGGCCCGAAUUCCGACUCCACGACAUCCGAAUGGUCGUCAACCAAGUCACAUACCCGAGACGCUAGCGAUUCUCCGACGAGUCCUCGAUCCGCAUACCACCACCAGCAGAGUCCGGACUUCAUGUACCAGGUUAUCCGAAUGACAGCGUUACUCUACACGCGGGCCGUCAUGACCCGGACGCCGCUGAGCGGGACAUGCACGGAAUCAGAAUUUCUGCAGAUCUGGACGACGACAUGGCGUGUACCCCUGUCGACAUGGAACGACACGGUGGGCAUAUUUCACUGGAUAAUGCUGGCUAUCGCGCCGGCAUGCCACCGGACGCCGCAUGCGCGCUUUGUGAAAAAUAUGUUGACGAUUAGCACCCUCACGCUCGGAGUGGAAAACUGGGCAAUGGCUAUGGGUGCCGCGUCGACCGGCAUGCGGCUGCAGCAUUGGCUCGAGGGCCAAGACAUGGGAGAGCAGGAGGAGAGGGAGGAGAGGGAGGAGAGGGAGGAGGAGAGGAGGAGAGGGAUGGAGCGGCAUCCAGCAAGAGGAGGACGGCGCUCCGGGCGCGAAGAGCGGUGA